AUGUCCUCUGCUCAUGAUGCCACCACCAAGAUCUCCAUCGACAAGUUCGACGGCGACAACUACGCGACGUGGAGCCGCUACAUGCGUGGCGUGUUCCUGACCAAGUCGGCGUGGCACGUGGUGAACCGGGAGACCACCCCCACCUUCGCUGAUCCUCGCGCCAGUGACGACUACGUCAAGACGAACAACAUUGUGUUCGGCUUGAUGCUGCUGCACAUGAGCGCGGAUUAUCAUCACGUGGUUGAUGACUGUGAAGAGGCGUGGGUCGCGUGGGCGCGUUUGAAGACGCUGUACGGCGGGUCGCAGAAGGCUGGACGCAUCUACUUGAAGCGCCAGCUGUUCAGCAUGGAGAUGGCGGAAGGCGGCAAUGUGAUGCAUCAUUGCAACGAAGUCCUCAACAUCAGCGCGAAGCUCAGCAGCAUCGGCGCCAAGAUGGAGGACGAGGACGUGGCGAUCUGCUUGUUGCGCAGCCUCCCCAAGAGCUACGAGAACGUCGUUCUCAACUUGGAGAUGAGCAGCGCGGAACUGCGAUCGCGAGACGUCGUGAGAGUGCUCACGAAUGAGCACAUCAAGAGACAAGGUGACAAGACGACAUCGGUGAAGACUGAAGACGCGGCGAAGGCGUUCAGUGCCGAGCGUGAACCUCGCCAGUGUACAUACUGCGGAAAAUUGGGGCACACGGCGGAGCGGUGCUGGACCAAGCAGAAGGACGAAAAUCAAGGUGGAGCUCGACGCGGCGGCAACAAUGCUCGUGGACGCGGAGCCAACAACGUUCAGUGGCGAACCAACAGCAACUACGAUGACAACUACGAUCGAGUUGCGUUCGCGGUUUCGCUGGAGGCUGGACUUUCGACGGGCAAGAAUAUGCCAGGGAUGUGGGCAGUCGACAGCGGUGCGACGCAUCACAUCUGCAACGACAAGGCCAAGUUUACAAGCCUGAAUGAGCGAGAGGAAGGCGAACUAUCAGUGGCUGAUGGCAGCAAGGCUGCGAUCAAGGGUGUGGGAACCAUCAUGGAACGGGUGGUUCUGCCCAAUGGUGACGAACUCGACAUCGAGAUCAAGGACGCACUGUUCGUACCAAGUAUGAGCAAGAAUCUGCUUUCGGUGCCACAGAUCAACAAGGGUGGCAGGUUCCAAGUCGUGUUCGAUGGAUCCAAGAUGCAAGUGAAGCGCAAGAAUUCCACACAAGUCGUGGCAACAGCGGAUCUCGUCGAUGGACUUUACUGGCUGCGGACUCCUCAACGAUCGGCAAAUGCAGCAACACGCAAUGGGACCAUCGACUUGCAUGCGCGCAUGGGUCAUGCACCCCUCGAAGUUCUGCGCAAGAUGGUGGCCACUGGCAUGAUCAAGGACGCCAAGGCACCUCUCAACUCGACUGGUCCAAGUGUGUGUCGCGGUUGCCAGCAAGGAAAGAUGGUUCAAAAACCAUUCCCAACCAACCGUGACAAACGCCAAUAUGGUGUGUUCGAGUUGCUGCACUUCGACAUCUGCGGGCCAAUGGAACAAGUUUCGAUCGGCGGCAGCAGAUACUUACUGCUUGUGGUUGACGAAGCCAGCGGUUGCAUGAAGGGCUUCUGUCUGCGGUCCAAGUCUGAGAGUGAAGACUGUAUCAAGAACCACAUUAUCAAGAUUCAAACUCAGUUCGGCACGAAGAUCAAGUUUGUUCGGCACGAUGGAGCGCAUGAGUUUGCGACCAACUCCAUCAAGACCUUCUAA